AUGCACCGCUUCUGCAAGGACUGCAUCGAGGCUUGGCUGCGGACGCAAAUCGAGAACAACUGCCCGCAGUGCCGAGUCAAGUUCUCCAGCAAGCGGGACUGCAAGCCGGACCCAGUCUUUGAUCUGCUGCUGGGCACUAUGUUUGGCGAUGUUGAGGAGUUUGAGAAGCAGAUGCUGGACCCCUCGCUGGAGGUGCUGCAGCAGGCCAAGGCGGUGGGCCAGCAGAUUGCGCUGGCCAAGGAACAGGCUGCUGCCAGGCGUCCCUCGCCGCCGCCUCAUGCUUCAUGGCACAUAGACAGCCUGGGCGGGCAGCAAGCGCAGCAGCUGCCAUGGCAGGCCCCGCCGCGGGGUUUUGAUGCCACCGUGCAUGUCACGGCGGUGCGGCCCAAGCAAGCCGCUUCCGCAGCAGCACUGGCACUGUCAAAUGUGGCACUGGCCCUGCCCCGGCAGCAUGCACCCGUGGCUCACGUUGGCAAGCGGCAGGCUUGGAGCGCAGGGGGGAGUGAUGCCAAGAGGCAGAGGGUCGGCAGCCCUGCAGACGAGGAGGACGCUGGCCUGCUGCAGUACAGGGGCGUGCGAUUCCAGGGUGACAACUGGCAGGCCCGCACCAAGCGCUCUGGCAAAGAGCUCAGCUUGGGCCUGUACAACACAGCGGAGGAGGCCGGCAUGGCCUACGACAUCGACCGCCUGCAGCAGCAGGGCGGCAAAGCGCAGCGGCUCAACUUCCCGCUGCUGCGCCAGCACUACAAGCAGAUUCUGAGCGACUUGGCAGAUCUACAGACCCCCGAUGGCCUGCUGGACUUCCUUGCGGUCGCUGUGCAGGCGGCGGUAAAGGCGGCCCGUAACGUGCCGGGGGCCACCGCGCCCGAGAACACUGGCCCGGCAGCCGCCUCCAUGCUCAACCCGCGGCGCUCAAUCGCGCCGGCAGUCCACGCUGCUGCCAGCCUGCUGCGCCAGCCCUCAGCCCUUGCUGUGCCAGAUCCUCCAGAGCCAUCCGCCGCGGGCGCUGCUGACAUGGAAUCGGAUUUGGACGAGGUGGGGCCGGCAGUGGCGCCGGUCUUGCUCCCACCCGAGCAGCAUCUGGCAGCACGUCAGCAGGCCGAGCAGCUGGCAGAGGAGCGAGCACUGGCGGCGGGGCUGGCAGAUGGCAUAGCCCACGCGCGACUGGAGGCGGGCAGCGGCCCUGCUUGGCGGAUGAACUAUCUUGCAUGCCCUGCCUCUGCCACCAUCAGCCAGGUGUCAGAGGCUGUGGCGCUGGGCAUCUCGCAGCAGCAUCGGCUGCCGCCAGGAGGGCUGCGGGUUGGGCUGGCCGUGGCAAAUGACCUGGAUGCCUCUGCAGACUUUGACGCACUGUGUUACGAGGGUGGUGCCGCCGGCAACCUGCUGCUGCGCGGUCACGUGACCAUCAGCUAUGUCGCCCGAGAGCGCGUGCUGGAGUAUGCUCGCAGCCAUCCGCGAUUUGCCGCUAUUGACAGGGCCAUCGGGGCAGAUGGGUUCAGGGUGGUGUUUCUGCUGCGCCUCAGCCCUCUCCUUCCGCUGAGCGCGUCCAACUAUGUCUACGGCCUCAUGAACCUCAGUCUGCGCGAUUAUGUUUUUGCCUCGUUCUUGGGAAUGCUGCCAGGUGCCUAUGGCACCCGCUUCCUCAGUGAGGGAGGCGGGGGGCUGGAGGGCAUCAACUGGUGGCAGGCCGGGGCGGCUCUGGGGGCCAGUGCUUGUGCGAUUGCUUACAUCGGCAAUCUGGCCCAGAAAGCGCUGGCGGACGUGGAGGUGGACGAGGGGGAAGAGAACAAGUAG